GAGGCCCGUGUGCAAUCGGACCAAUGGCGGCGCGGCUCUCACAGCUCAGCCAGUCUCGGGUCUGUAUUCUAAUAGGCCAUAUCUUUAUCAGGGAAAUGUCCCUUCUCUGAACUUCAAACUUCUCAUGGAGGGUCCUCAGACCCGGAGGCAGAGGAGGGGGCUGCGCUGAGCGUGGGGAGCACCCUUGUCCAGCCGGGGCAGGCACAGAGGCCUCCUGCGCCCCCCCACCUGCGCUGCGCACCUGACUUCCGAGCAGCUGACGUGGGCGCCCAGUCCCUGGGCAAGGGCUGGGCCGGAUGCCUUAGGUGGAGGGCAGUCAGGCUCGGGCUGCUUCCGACCCUCCAAACCUGCCAUGGGACCAGGGGCCGCACUCUGGGGUCCUGGGCUUUAGGGACCUGCACUUGGGCUUCUCCUUGCCCUUCUCCCUGACCUGGAGACAUGGAGUCCAACCUGCAGGGGACGUUCCUGCUGAACAACACGCCGCUGGCCCAGUUCUCGGAGAUGAAGGCCCCCGUGUGCCAGUACUCCGUGCAGAAUUCCUUCUACAAGCUCAGCCCUCCGGGGCUGGGCCCCCAGCUGGCCGCCGGGACCCCCCACGGCAUCACGGACAUCCUGAGCAGACCCGUAGCCACGCCGAACAGUGGCCUGCUCUCCAGCUACCCCCACGUGGCAGGCUUUGGAGGCCUGGGCUCCCAGGGAGUCUACUAUGGCCCCCAGAUGGGGAAUUUUUCCAAGUCUGGGAGCGAGUACACCACCCGGAGCCGGAAUUGCUGGGCAGACACCAGCCAGGACUGGCGAGGCGGGCGGCCAUGCAGCAACACCCCGGACCCCCUGAGUGACAGCAUCCAUAAGAAAAAGCACACCCGGCCCACCUUCACGGGGCACCAGAUCUUUGCCCUGGAGAAAACCUUUGAGCAGACCAAGUACUUGGCUGGCCCAGAGAGGGCAAGACUGGCAUACUCGCUGGGCAUGACUGAGUCACAGGUCAAGGUGUGGUUCCAGAACCGGAGGACCAAGUGGAGGAAGAAGAGCGCGCUGGAGCCGUCCUCCUCCACGCCUCGGGGUCCGGGCGCCGCGGGCGGGGACCGCGCGGCCUCGGAGAACGAGGACGACGAGUACAACAAGCCGCUCGACCCGGACUCGGACGACGAGAAGAUCCGCCUGCUGCUCCGGAAGCACCGCGCCGCCUUCUCGGUGCUCAGCCUGGGCGCGCACAGCGUCUGA